AUGGGUAACAGCUACGGAUAUGAACAAGCUGAAUAUGGUUCUGCUCGACAAACUACUAAGAAAGACCUUUGGCUUCAAAACCAAACAUUUCGUAUCCAUAGAAAUGUGUAUACACUACGUAAUCGAUUAGGUAAAGGAACAUUCGGAAGUGUUUGGGCAUCUACUACACGACAAGGUCAAAAUGCUGCUGUUAAAGUAUUUAAUUUUAAUAAGUUCGAAGGAAAGGUUGAUCCAAGUGCACUUUUAACCUCUUUUCAAGAUGAAGUUAAAACGAUUUUUGCAAUACGUAAUGCAAGAAAUUAUGUUGUAAAUGUAUAUGAUUUUGAUUUCGAUGCACAACGACGUGUGGCUUUAUUGGCUAUGGAAUUGGGCAAUGAUUCAUUACAAGAUCGUGCUGAAAUGCUUCAUGAAACGACUUCGAGAUCAAGAACAUAUGGUAAUGAUUAUAUCUCAGCAAUAGAUCGAAAGAAUAUCUGGAUUCAAUUAGUUACCAUUGUUCGCGUACUUGAUCAACAUGGAAUUGUUCAUUGUGAUUUAAAACCAGCUAAUUUUGUAUUCUUUGGCCCAAGAUUAAAAGUUAUUGAUUUGGGUAUUGCACAGAAAGCAUUAAGAGGAUACACUGAUCAUCUGACAGCGAGUGGUGGCACACGUGGUUACAGUGCACCAGAAUGUUUUGACUCUGGAGCACGGAUAUCAAGAAAAGCUGAUAUAUGGUCAUUAGGUACUAUUCUAUAUUAUUUAACUUAUGGAGUGGGAUGUAACGAUGAGAGUCCACAACCUCCAGAACGUGUCCCACAAACUCGAUCUACUCUUGUUCAACAUCUAUUUAAUCAUUGUCUUCAAAGAGAUCCUAAUAGACGACCCACGCAUCGGUGGCUUGCCCAUCAUCCAUUAACAGCCAGUGCUGCAACCGUAUGA